AUGUUCAAAUUAUUAUCAUUUGUUAUUGUAUUACUAUUUUUUCAUAGUAUAACAUCACAACAAUUUAAACCUUUUAUUCAAUCUGGUAGAAUUGAACUUUUAGGUGUUGUAUCAUCUUAUGAUAAUCCUAAUUGUUGUAAUAAUACAAAUGAUUUAUGGAUUUUUAUGUCUAUAAUUAUUCCAGGAUUAGUUAAAGGAAAUAUUAAUGCUAUUUCAAAUAUAACAAAUGGUGUUUUUAAUAGUAUUAUUAUUUUAAGACAAGAUGUUAAUGUAAAUUUUAAUUAUAUAUUUUCUGAUGAUAAUUAUUUAUUUAAUAUUUCUGGUUUAUGUGAGAGUGUCCCUACAACAUAUAUUUACAAUACAACUACUGGAGAAAUGUUAUUAUAUAUAAAUUGUUAUGAUAAAACUAAGCAAAAUAUUAAUAUAUCAAUUUUACCAAAUUCUACAGCUUCUUUAGUUUCAAUUACUCCAGUAAAGUGUGGUGAUUCUAAAACAAAUUGUAUUGAAGGAUAUUGUGCGAUGUUUGAAAGGCAAAUUUAUCUACCAAAUACAAAAUUGAUAUCAACAAUUCAAGAUUAUUUUUGUCCAAAUGAUUUAAUAAAUACUAUUAAUUUUGAAUCAAAUAAUGUAUUUCUUGUUACAAGUUACACAUCUUCAAUAAAAAAUGCUGGAAAAGUUUGUGUUAAUUUAGGUACUGAUUCAAAUAAUAUUAUGGAUGAUGAUCAUUCUUUUUUUUGGUGGGUCUCAUGUUUUUAUCCAAAUUCAUCAGAUGAAAAACAAUUUUAUCCAUUACCUUUUAUUUCUAGUAUUUAUUCUACCCAACAAUCAUUUUAUUCUGGACCAAUGAAUAUAGGAAAAUCAAAGUUAUUCACUAGUAGUAUUUUUAUAAAUUUUUCUUUUUUAUUUCUUUUAACUUUGUAUUAUAUUAAUUAUUUUUUGUCUUUGUAA